AAAUACUCUCUCUCUCUCAACUCUCAAGGCUCUUUCAGAUUUCUGAGGAGGAACGAUGUGAAUGUUGUGUCUAUGGAGAGAUGCUGUUAGACCGCUACAACCAAGUUAAGGGCACGGAUUUUGAAUUUGUGAGACUUGUUAAGAUUAUGGUAAUGCUCGCCGCUGGCGUAAAUUUUAAAAUUCAAUUUAAGGCCAAGUCCAGCGCUGCUGCUGCUGCUGAGUGCACCCUGAAAACCUUUGAAGGUUUCGUGUUCAAGUGUUGUAACUUUCGUCAUAGAGUGUGGCCCGAGACUUGUCGACUACUAUGCCCUGAUCCUCCUGACUACGUGUAUGAUGAAGAAUCUCGCCGCCCCGUGUACACUUAUGAAGUGGCAGGUCAUCCGUGUUUGCCCUGACUCUCAAGGUUGGGUGGUGAUUAGGGGUGUCAAAUGGGUGAGUUUGGGGUGGGCAAAAUUGGGUUGGGUAUAUAAUUUCAAAUGGGUGGGCAAAAUUGGAUUAGGUAGAGAAAAAGGUUUCUCUUUGAAUGAGAAUUCAUAGGUUUUACUUGAUGUUUGCAUGCUUUACUCGAAUGCUUUUGCCUUGUCUUAAGCUAGGACUAUUGAAAGAUAUAAUCUCCAGUGAAUUAAAUUGAGAUUGACUGAGAUAUAUCAUUAGUCAUUUAGGAAAUCUGCUAUUUCUUUUCAAAGGCUUAAAAUCUUAGCCUGCAUGAUUAACUCCUAUUUAUUUCUAGCUGAAUCGUUGCUUUUACUAGAUUUAUUAGUCGCCAGAAUUCCAUUUAAACAAAAACUAUGUACACCUCACCAGCUCACCUUGAUAUCAAAUUUCACUACAUCUGAUUUAGGAGCCAGAUCCUUUGAAACUAAGUUGGUACAUUUCUAUCAUGUCAAAAAGUGGGGUAAUUAUAAAUUUAUAAGCAGUUGUAUUUGUUUAUAUACUAUCCUUGCAUGUAGAUUCUAUAAAGUGUUGGGAGCCUUUACAUUCUAGGUGAUAUGGUUCUAGUAUGACUCAUGUCUGUAGUGUAUGUCAAACAAGGAUCUAGCGAUUUUGUCAACUGAUGACUUCUGAUAUAUCUGUUGAUUGGCUUUCCUCUUUUAUACAUGAAUAAUCAUUAAUUAGUUUUGG